AUGAAGUCAACCAUUCUUACCCUUGCGACGGCUGCCCUGGCGUCUACCCUCUCUGAACGGUCGACCAGCGCAAGUCCCCCACAAACUCUGGACCGCGUUUGGUCCGGUGUUAAGCAGAGCGGUAGUGGCUUCACUUCGGUGACAGGCACAUUCACAGUCCCAAAGGGCGGUAAAAACUUUGGGCCUUCUAUUUGGGUCGGAAUCGAUGGUUCUACAGAAUGCCCCGGAGGCGGCCCAUUGCAAACGGGUGUCAGACUCACUGGCAAUGGCACAGCGUUCGGAUGGUUUGAAUGGGUUCCCCUGAGCGCACCUGUGUUUACAAAUUUCGAGGUCAGCGAUGGAGACGAUAUCAGAAUGACCAUCAACGCCUUCGGACCUUCCAGUGGCUCCGCUAUCCUGGACAACCUCAGCACUGGGCAGAGCGUGUCGCACACUUUUACCAGCGCCGACGCGCCACCAGAUGCACCGCUGUGCCAAAAUAGUGUUGAGUGGAUUGUCGAGGACUACAACAACUCUGGAGGCAACGACACCGGCACCGUGGCGUCUCCCGACUACGGCACCAUCACGAUCCGAAACGCGUCGGCGCAGGGAUCGGCGGGCAAAGUCACUCCCGAGGGCGGCGAACUAAUUGAGUUGUUCGAUACGAGAACUAGCACUGUCUUGUCGCAGUGUUCUGCUAAGAAUGAGGAGGUUACGUGCAAAUAUGUUGGGCCACCGACUGACAACUGA